CACGUCACAUGUCAUCAAGAUUUUAUUAUUGUAAUAUUCUUGUGUCAUUUUUAUAUUUAAUUUUUACUUUUUAGACUAAAUUAUUUUAAAAAUGUCAAUAGAAAUUUUACAGGCUGACUGUAAACGAGCUGUAAAAGAUCUAGUGUCUUUAAGCAACGAUGAAUUAGAUUCAAUUAUAAACAAUGACGAGAGAAUUCAGGAAAUCAUUACGCAGCUAGAUCAGUCUUAUUUAAAAGAAAUUGAAAAUGAAAAAGAAAACAUAUUAGCCAGUAACAAUUCAAUGGCAGAAUUCAACCUCUCCAAGGAACCAGAAUUAGUUGAAGGCAGAGAAAAAAUAGAGGAAUUAUCACAAAAGGGAGAGGAAUUGACAAAAUCAGUGGAAGAUAAACUUAAAGAACUGAGGGAUAAAGGUGGUGAUAUGUCCCUAGAAACUGCUUUAGCCCUGUUACAGACAGCAGCAAGUGAAAUGGAAGAAGAAUCUGAUAAAUCAUCAAAAAAGUUUCUAGAUGGUGAACUUGAAUUGGAUGAUUUUCUUGAUGACUUCUUAGAAAAAAGAAAAAUAAUGCACUUACGUCUGGUAAAAGCAGAGAAAUUAUCUAAAAUUCUACAAAGAGACCCAUCUUUGAAUAACAUCCCUAAUUACAUUAAUGCACCCCCUGUUAGCAUAAAUUCUAAUUAUUUUCCUGGUGUUAACAUACCUGGAAAUAAUCCAUCUGGACCUAUGCCCCCUUAUCCCAUUGGGCAGCCAGCAGUUCCUUACCCCACUGGGCCACUCAACAUGCCAAUGCCACCUCCUAUUAGGAACAAUUAUUUUCAGAAUUAUUAGUGCCACAUGUUAUAUAUAAAUGAAAGAUUUAUAUUUACAAUUUGAUUUUUUAGUACUACAGAGUACAAAAUGCAAAAAUAGUUUUUUUUAUUUUGUAAAGUAUAUUUUGUAUCCUUUUUGUUUUUAUAGUUAGUUCUCACAAUAAUAAUGUUUAAGAAAUGUAAAUUUUAAGAUAUGUUAAGAUUAUUCAUAUUGUAAAUUAAAAACUAACCCAUUUGA